UUCCAGCAAACAUCACGAAUAAUUUAUUCCCUUCCCAAGCCAAGAUUCGUCCACCUGCGCAAAUAUAUUAAAGGAGGUCAAAAAUUGAAAACUUUUUCUAAAAAUGUAUUGCUCACUUUUUGUCAUUUUUUCUUUUUUUAUUUUUUCUCGGCCUCAUUUAAAUUUUGUUAACUCAGAAAUAAUCCCAAAUAGUAUCGUGCUGAUCCAGGGAAUACCUUGCCCAGACUUAGACUCCUUUUAUCUGAAAUCAGAAGCUACUAAUUUUCCUCGUGAAUGCGACCACCUAUGUUCUCGUACAACAAAAUGCGAAUCAUUCACAUGGAACCGAAAGGACAGUACCUGUAAUCUGUUCGCAAUGCAUCUUAAUCAGACCUGUUUCAUUCGGGACGACAACCAGUUCUGGUUCGUUAAACACUUCACAACUUCUCGGGCAUCAUUUUCGGAUUAUGUCACGUUGACUAAAAACAACCAAUACAGCGAGCCAAAUCCAGCUGCAAUAGCCAAUACUCCUUCAAGUUUUCAAGAUUGUCGAGCUUAUGAUGCGAUGACUUGGAUUUCUGCUAAGCAAACUUGUGCUCAAAGCGGUCUAAAACUAUUCACUCCUGAAAGUCUGGACCAGAUUGCGAUGAUUCAAAAUUGUGCUGGAAUACCUGAUGGAAACAUGUGGACUGGGUAUAAAAAGUCCGAAACAGUGGAUCCAAUCUCAGGACAGGGCUACGUUACUGGGUUCUCGUCGGAUGAUCUGAUGAUUUUCUUUGACGAUCAAAUGUUUGGAUCCUCGUCGAGUUCGCUUUUCGCAGAUCACGACUCGUAUUCCUGUGUCAGAUACAACGAAGAUCUUGGAGUCCUGAGAAACGUAGGAUGCAAUGAACUUCUCAGGUUCGUAUGUGUCGCUGAUUCGAUUCCGAGAACGUGCGAAAACAACGAUGCCAGCGCAGUAUACGAGGAGCUCCUUCGGGUUGACGAUAAUCCGGUAGCCAUGCGACGAUUUCUGAGUGCCGGUGUCUGUAGCGAGGUAAAUGCACUUGACUCUUAUGAGUCUACAUUAACAGAUGCGGACUUUGCGGAGGUUCAAAGAGUUGCGCAAAUUGUCAAGCCUGGUGGAAACUAUGAGACGCAGAUUGCAUUCAAAUAUGGUACCGGUCUUGCAGAAACUGGAAUUGUUCAAUCGGACCCCAGCAGUGCUUCCGGAGCGGAAUUCGAUGAUAGCGACAUGUUGUACUUGUGCGCGUCAAGUGUGUUUGCAAGUAGCCACAUGAUUCGAUUGGAUGCAGCUGGAACGUAUUGCCAGUCGCAUAGUGGGGUGCUGAUUUCUAAGGAAGAAGUCCAAAAGAGAGGCUGGAUGAGACGAAUACUCACGGCAAUGAAGUGUGACUGGUCCAUUUUCAAGGUAGCCGACGAUG